GUUAACGACGGGACGCGUGAGGUGCAUGGCCGGCCCGGGGAUUCCUACAGGUGGUGGGGAGCGUGGUGCCAACUAUCCAUGUACAACACGAGCUCGGCUAAAUCCUUCGUCCGCUUGCCGACUGCUAGGUGCCCUUUGACAACAGAAGCUACAAUAUACGACGACAUAUCCUCAUGCAGGAGCUAAACUCAUCUUUUCUUUUCCGUGUCACAAGGUCCUAACGGGCACUUUCAGUCUCAGUCAUGGGACCUUUCUUCUUGAGGACCGCCCUAAUAGUUGUCGGGCUUGCCAGCACUCUCUCUUAUGCUCAACACUGCCCCUUGCUGGGUCCAGCGUAUCCCGCAGCAACCGAUGUGACCUCCCCUGCGCUUGUUGCGGCCAAAACCAAGUUCGACGAGGCACUCGCCUCUAGUGCUGAAGUCGACCAGGACAGAGUCUGGUUCGCCAUCGAGGUCUACUCCUCCAAGUCGAAAGAUGCGACCCCAAUCUACCGUCACUUCAACACGCCCCCGGCGCAGAACAGCUCGGUCUCGGUCACGGUUGGCCCGGACACCGUAUUCCGCAUUCACAGCAUCUCCAAGGUCAUAACCGUCUAUGCGAUGCUCGCGAAGCUCUCGUACAAGUAUUGGCACGAACCUGUGACUAAGUACGUUCCCGAGCUUGCGGGUAGCCCGGCACGGGAUGUAGUCAAUGAUGUGGACUGGUCCGAAGUCACGCUUGGUUCUCUGGCCGGCCAGAUUAGCGGAAUUUCCAGAGACUAUGCUCUUGGCGAUGCCUCCACGGUUCUUCCUUCGGUUCCUGGCCUCCGCAAACUCGAGGACCACGAGUUCGUCAGAUGCGGCUCACCUCCGCAUGCGCCCUGCUCCAGAGCAGAUGCCUUCAAGCACAUUCUGCAGACUUGGCCGUCGGCAUUGUCCUACCGCACGCCAAAUUAUUCCAAUAUGGCCUUCCAGAUACUUGCCUACGCGGUCGAGAACAUCACUGGCAUGCCGUUUCCGGACCUGGUCACCGAGCAGCUCCUGAAGCCCCUUAAUCUCAGUCGGACCUACCUUUCUCAACCGAGCGAUGACACCAACGCUGUUGUGUGGGACGGCUGGGACAUCGACUUUGGCGAGGAAGCUCCCAUGGGCGGCUACUACUCCUCUCUUAACGACCUUACAACCAUCGGCCGCUCCAUCCUCAACUCCACCAUCCUCUCGCCCCUCGACACUCGCCAAUGGCUCAAACCAAUAACCCACACAUCCAGCCUACGCUUCUCGAUGGGCAGCCCCUGGGAAAUCAUCCGCGCGUCCGUGCCAGUCAGGACAGACGCUGCUGGGCCGGCGUCCAAAACCACCAGGAACGUCGACUUCUACACCAAACAAGGCGGCGGAGACACUUACACCAGCCUUCUGGGCCUCUCGCCAGACCAUGACGUGGGCGUAUCCAUCCUCACGGCCGGCCCGGUGUCGGGUGCGACUAUGAUCGCGAUUCGAGAGUUGUUCGUGGAUAUUUGGCUUCCUGCUGCGGAGCAAGCGGCAAGGGACCAAGCUGUAACCGAUCUGGUUGGGAAUUACACCCUCGGGCCAGAGAAUGAUACAGCAACCUUUUCGGUGGCCGAGGUGUCCAUUGACCCAGACGAGCCGGCCGUGUUCGUGUCCAAGCUUAUCAGCAACGGAACCGAUGUGAUGGCGCUGCUGAGGGCCAACACCAACAAUAUCGUUGGCGACGGAGAAAUGAGGAUGUGGCUUUACCCGAUGGGCUUGGUCUCCAAAAAGAGCAGUGGCGGUAAGACGAGGACUGCGUUUCGGGGAGUGGUUGGAUUGGCAGGGAAGCCUGCUGCUGUUGACGGGUGCGGGUCUUGGGCUGAGGGUGACAGACUGAGAUGGGGGAACUAUCCGGCGGAUCUGGUGAUCUUCGAGACCGGAGCGGAUGGCAAGGCGAAGGGGUUGGAGGUGCCCAUCUUGGGGGCAACGCUGAAGAGAGACGGGCAUUGAAUGUGUGUGUCUAGCGAAAGAAUCUCUAGUCUGGUUUUGGAGAGCCUCCGUGUAUUGAAAACUGACCGUAUGUUGAUAGUCCGUGAAAUACACGACUUUCUCAUUGUUCUGCUCCUGGCAAUGACUCAUGCGGUCGUCACCCGAACCCAGGAGCUUCGUUACCUUAUGAGCUCACAUGAUCUCGCUGUUUCGAAUCCUUUUGAUACGGCAUCGUGGGCAGUUGGGCGCAUCGUGACCUUGGCGCGUCAUGACCUUGUCGUCAUGUCGAUAACUGAUGGCGACUACCUUCACGUACCGCAGGAAGGUAAGGACCGUAAGGUAGUAGCAAAUGGGAUGGUGCGAGAUGGCAGUCGCGAGUCGAUACACGAAUCGAGGUUUGAACCAAUUGACAUUCUGGGCCAAUGCUUUUUACCUAUCACGGCAAUUAAUGGCACCACAGAUAAACUUGAACGUUGGACGUUUCAAUUUUAGAAUCUCACGUCAGUUGUGAUGUAUC